GCUUGCUCAACGAGUGGUUGGGUGACCUUCAGGAAACUGACUCACUUUCCUGGAUCUUAAUUUAAUAUGCCUAAAAUAAGGCCGUUGAACUUAUCUCCAAGUUCCCUUCGGGUCCUGAAAUUCCAGACUUGUAGCCAAGGAUCCCUUCACCACCCGUUAUUCCUUCGUCCCGGACCAGCCAACCUGGCCAGAACCCUCUUCUUAUUCAACUGCACACCUUUUAACGUACCCACUGGAUCCUAAGCCCAGCAAUCGUUCCCCGUGACCUCUGAACUAAAGGGCAGGGAACGAAACCUGAUCUCUGCGGGGAAAAGGCUCAGUGUCGCCUGGGCUGGUUUCCCCGGUCCCUGACCAACCGCUUUCUGCCCCUUCUCGCCACCCCGCCCAAGGUCUCCCCUCCGCCCUCAACCCCGGCCCGGGGGAGGUGGGGUGGGGUGGGAAGCCUCGUUCGGCUCCCUGCUCACCCGCGUCUCCGCUGCCGUAGCCGCACCUGCCUCAGUAUGAACGGGGUCAACGACCCGCCUCUUUUUAUAAAAGAUAUUAAGCCCGGACUGAAAAACUUAAAUGUCGUCUUUAUUGUCCUGGAGAUAGGACGCGUGACCAAAACCAAAGACGGCCAUGAAGUGAGAUCAUGCAAAGUAGCAGAUAAAACGGGCAGCAUCACCAUUUCUGUGUGGGAUGAGAUCGGAGGUCUCAUACAGCCAGGGGAUAUUAUUCGGUUGACCAGAGGGUAUGCGUCCAUGUGGAAAGGAUGUCUGACACUUUAUACUGGAAGGGGUGGUGAACUUCAAAAAAUCGGGGAAUUUUGUAUGGUGUAUUCAGAAGUGCCAAAUUUCAGUGAACCCAAUCCAGAUUAUCGAGGACAGCAGAACAAAGGGGUAUACAGUGAACAGAAGAAUAAUUCCAUGAAUAGUAGUAUGGGUACAGGUACAUUUGGACCAGUGGGAAAUGGUGUUCAGACUGGCCCUGACUCGAGGGGAUAUCAGUUUUCAUAUGCUGGUAGAAGUAAUGGCCGAGGACCUAUAAAUCCACAGCUACCAGGAACAGCCGAUAAUCACACAGUUAUGACCACAAUAAGUAAUGGCAGGGACCCUCGAAGAGCAUUUAAAAGAUGACCUAUGCCAAAUUACUCACAUGUAGUUUUUAAAACUACAUGUCCUACUUGAAUACUUACUGCACUUUUAUUUAUUGUUAACUGUGAAAAGUGUGUCUCAUAUAUUGGUUUCCUGUUACAUUUUUGGCUUGUUAAGAGAAGUGGUUUGUUUUUAUAGAAAAACUGUCAAGCUGCUCUAGUUUCCUAUUAAAGCAGGAACACAAUGAAAAGUAGAGGCAUUCAUUUUUAGAGCAAGCAGAUCAUUCAGUAGCCUCUAAAAAGUGUGCACCCAUUCCGUGGGUGAGUUACUUCAGACAUCAGCAGACAUCAGCUUUAUAGCCUCUAUGAGUCUGUCUUCUGUAUAAAGUUUGUAAUAUUUAAAAUAAGACUUAGUAGGAGAUGUUCUUUUAUCUUAAAUUCAGAUGUUGCCAACCAUAAAGCAAUAAUCACCAAAACAAAACUUGGUCAGUGCUCACUACAGUUUUUGAGUGUGACUGUGGGAGUGAUUGACUACUUCUUUGAGUGACUGCCAUUAAGAUUUUCCAAGGGCUGAGUCAUCCUAAAUUUUUUCUUUUUUUUUUGGUAAAAAACAAACCAACCCCAGAUUCUUUAUCAAAAUUAUGGAAUAGAAUGUGAUCUGUGGAAAGUAAUUUUUAAAGGAAAGCUACAUUUUAUUUUGGGAUAGAGCUCUUAACAUUUGUUACCAACUUUGUGGAAAUUUAAAACAGAUGCUUUUAAUAUAUAUAUAUUUUGAAACUACCCUGUUAAAUAUGAAAGUAUAAUCUGAGGGAAUUAUGAAGUCAUAAUAAACAUUGAUCUAAUUAUUUUUAAAAUGAUGGUAGAUAAACAGUGAAGGUGAUUAAAUUCAUGAAGAAAUAUGCAGUCUUCAACAAAAUUACAGGAUCCUAGGUGCUUACAGGUACUCACCCUGGAGUAAGAACCUUAGGUACUUUAUUUGAAAGGUUUUUUUUUUUUUUUUUUUUUGAUGCGUGCAUGUGUAUGAUGUAUUGUCGAAGUUUCUGAAGACAGUUCAUGUAGCCUUACUAGCAAAAGUUAAGAAAUGGCUCUCUGAAAGAAGUCAGUACAGUUUUAUUUAGAAAUGUAAUGGUGAAAUUUAUUCGUGCAUCAUAAAUGGUACCCAGUUUGAUCUUUUUCUGUAGGGUGAAUUACUGGUAAUUUUUUCUUCUGUUAAAAUUUAACUCUUCUUGAAUAUUACCUCGAAUAAAACUUGCAUUAAUGUUACCAGACCUAUAAUUUUUGCUCUAUCCUUUAAUGACUUAACGAUGGAGAGCCAGUACAUCUUGUCCCAAUUGUAUUCAUGGCUCAGCUUGGCGAUGACUUGGUUCUGCAGUUGUCACUUUAAUCUUUUUCCACCUCAAAUCACAGAAUAAGUUGACCUUGUUUCCUGAAGACUUUAUAGCAUUCGAAUAUAGUGAUUUAUGCCAGAUUCCUUGUUUGUUCUAAUUCAGUGUAUCUAAACAAUAUUUGAGUACACCCUAUGCCUUAGGCUCUGUGCAGAGAAUGUUAAAGGAUAGAUGAAGUAAUCUCAAGGAGCUAUAGUACUUUGGUAACUGGGGCUUACAUGUUACAAAAGUUUUUUUUUUUUUUUAAUGAUUAUUACAAUUAAUUUGGCUUUGUUCUGCUUUGUGCCCAAUAUUAAGACAUUUCAUAUUUCAGAUUGCCUCCAAAGACGUUAUCUAAGGAUUGGGACAUCAUUAAGAUUACAGAUAUUUAGAAUUUUAAAAAAUACUGAAAAUUAGUAUGUAAUUUCCUGCUUUUGUUUUACUUUGCUUUAAAUCUAAGUAGGAAAAAAAAAAAAGUAGAAGUAGGAGCAAAAAUACUGUAAGUUAUUUGUGGGAGAAUAUAGCAUCAGGGGUGAGUCUAAAAGAACUUUGGAGUUUGGGAAAAUUAAAAUGCUGUCAGGUGUGGAUUCCUGGACUUCCAAACUUGGCGUCGUUAUCUCGUCUGUGAUGUUGGGCAAGCUGUUAUACUUGAAACCUCUCUAAACCUUAUGCUUCUCAACUAUAAAACAAGUAAGUAAUAGUACCCCUUUGUGAGUUGUUUAAAGAUUGAUUUCAGACACAAUAAGCACUCAAAUGUUUGUUGUCUAACCAUGCUAUUAAUGCCUCGAGAAUAGAAAAAAAAAGUAGGGUUAGGUGUGGAAGUGCUAUCACCCUGAAAUUUGACAUGUUGGGGGAUUAAGUAGAGAAAAGACCUAAGCUUUUACUUUGUCAUUAAGUGAUACUUGCUUUAAUAAUAUAACCUUGUUCUGUGUUUGUUACAACUGAUUAACAGAUUUCUUUUUUCUUAAGGGAAGCCUCCAAAACCAAAGCAACAAGUGAGUUAUAACCCGUAAUGAAUAUUUGCCUUACCAGUCUACUUGGACAGAACUCAUCAAGAAGUUAAGAGGAAUAAAGUUUUCUCCCUUCCUCCUUCUGGUACUUUCGACCAUCAACUGCAAAAUAAGUUUACACAACACCUACUGGAAAGCAAAAACCAUCUAGUAUAAUAAUACACUAGGAUUUCUCCCCAUAUUAUUUCUACAAAACAUUUCUGAAGUGAUUGAAGUCUGAUUACACCAGCUCGCCCCUCCGGCCUGGGAGGGUUUUGUGGGGAAUUGCUACAGUUACAGAAACAAAGGUGGAAUCCGUAAGGCCAGAUGGCAAUACGUAACAGUGAUGCUGCAGUGUGCUUUCCCAUAGGCAUUUAAACAUGCAGGUUUCAUCCUAUUACUCUUUUCUUAGUGCACCGUCUCUCUCUGCUUUGUCCCUGUAGUAUUAGUAAUUUUGUUUUAAAUUUGAGGGCAGUUUAACUUGAGCAUACCCCGAGUAUAGUACUGAUUGCUACUUGUGUUUUUAUCAUUUAACAUUUUAAAAGAAUUUAUAGGUUGAGUAAUGAUACUGUGGGAAUGAUGCUAAAAAGAUAAGAGGCUAGUAAAAAAAUUAAAGCUUUAAUUUAUGAUAUGAGAAAAUUUAUAGGGAAGUGGUUUACUAGCCCUAAAGAGUUUUCUCAGAAGCUGCACAUGGGGAGUGUUUUGUUAGUUUGAAGACACACUGGUAGCUGUUUUAAGUUUAUAUAGAUUUGAAAUUUCAGCUAGUUACUGAAAUCCCUUUCCCUUUUCUAGUAGCGUUAACAUAAUGGCACUUUAACAAUUUUAGGGUGCAUGUGACUCUUAGAUGCAUUUCUUGAAAGGAGUGGAACAAUUUUAGAGAUAAAUCUGAACAUAGGAACAUGAACAUAGCAAUAUAGAACACUUUUCCCAAACUACAGCCUUCUUCAGUCUUAAUACUUGGUAUUACUUGCCUUUAUUACUGCCCCCUCCUCCUUUUUUAAGUCUGCUCCUCCUCUCACUGUGUUUUAUUCCUUACCUGGCGAGAGUCUGAGCAUUUCUGGUAGAAAAAGAUGGUCACAUUCACUCUCUGGGGUGAUAUGAGACGAGUAAAGGCAGGUGUACUUGGCCAUGGUGAAAAUCUGUGUAUUGAAAAUCUGUUCCAGCCCAUAAUUAAACAUUGGGGUAGUUAAAUAGUCCCACAUUUCUCAGAGUAGUUCUAAUGAUUAACAGGUAUGCUUCUGAGGAAAGUGACCUUUGGAAAAUAUCACUGUCUUAAAUGGUAUUGUGUUAGGCCCUGUGGGAGAAGCUAAACAUAUUUACAGAUGUAUUCAAUUUCCAGGUGCCUUGGAGUUUGUUUUAUAGGGAAUACACCAGAGUUUGGAUUCAGAUAACUGUAACCAAAUUAUUAUGGGUUUCUUAGCUAAAAGUGUCUAAUAAAGCUCAGAUCCCCCAUUGAAGAACACACUAGCUGACAAACCAUUAAUUUAGUAUUUUUCCCCAUGAAGAACAUUAGACCCAAAGAUGUUGAGAGCUUUUUACACCAUGAGCUAACCAGUGUGAUGCAAAGAAAAUCAACAUUUUAACAAGUUUGACUAGUAGACAUUUAAUUUCAUCCUUUUGAAAUGUCAUAUAGGUCAUCCACAAUUACAUUGUGGCUCACUGUGUUUUGAGAACAUGUCAACCCAAGGUUUGGAUAAUUAGUUAUUGAACUAAUAGAACACAGCCUCUUGAGAAUUGUUGACGUAAUCACGCUGCACACACCAGCACGCCGUACUCAUUGCCUAACCUCCCUCACUUAAGGAUUAUUGGCAUGUUUUUAAAAACCAAUUCUGUAUUUUACCUUUCCAAUCAAAAAUUUUAUGACUACCCCAUCGAAAUUUUAAGCUCUGAACAUAGAAGAGCUAGUUCAGUAUCUUGGUCCAUAUAUUUUUACUAAGAUAAUGGUUUAUGAGCCGCCUACAUGAGACUUCCCCGAGGACUCGUUAGAAGUACAGGUUACUCUGCUAUACCAGAAGGAGACUCUUAAGGGUAGACCUGGGGUGUUUGUGCUUUAAAUGCCCUGAAGAUUACUGUCUCCUACCUUUGAUAUCUCACCUUAUGCCCUAGUACAUAGACAUAACUUGAAAUUAUGUAUGUAUAAAUGCAUAUACACAAUUUGAAGUAUUUCAGCUUUAUGAACUCAGAAUACAUUGAAGUUAUGGAUUGUAAAUCAUGGAAAAAAUUGUACUCCACAGGGUAGGCUUGAUGGGUAAAGUAGGAUAGUGCCAAGUAGAAUAGAGGUUGAGGUAUCAAGUAUGUUCUCUGGGUGUGAGCACGGUAAAUUUUGAAUUAGAUUCUAUUAGCAUUUAAACUACGUCACUGUUGAGAUCAGAUUAUCUACAGUGGAGCCAUGUGGCUUCAUCUGAGACUAUGUAGAUAAAAAAAUAAGCUUUUUCACCCUAAGAUUCUGUUAAAAAAUGGGAAAUAGGUUUUAUUAUUGCUUUCAGACAAAUAUCUACAAUAUCUUCUACCUUGCUCCUUCCCCACCCCCAACAUUUCUCAGUUCCCUAAAUUAUGAGGGUGGCCAUACUGAAAAGUAGUGGGGUUGGUGACAUCAUAAACAUUUCUGAGAAUGCCAAUGGGACCCACCCUUUGUCCUCUGCUUAACAGAUCUCAACCCAAUUCUGUACGAAGCAGCAGCUAAACAAUAUUUCCCACAAGUAAUAUACAUAAUCUGAUUGCCAUGUGGUUGUAUGCUUUAGUUUUAAAUAUUUACAGCCUUAAUAGGAGGCUGAGUAAGACCUCUGUCCUUAGUCACUGGAAAAACCAAAAAAAAAAAAAAAAAACCAAA